AUGACUAUUCCAGACGAGGUCGAUAUCAUUGUUACUGGCGGAGGAUCAUGCGGGUCAGUUAUGCUCAUUGAGGCUGGAGAGUCUAACCUCAACAACCCUUGGGUGUACCGUCCUGGUAUCUACCCUAGGAACAUGAAGCUGGACAGCAAGACGGCUUCAUUCUAUUAUUCCAGACCUUCGGAAUGGUUGGGUGGUCGUCGUGCUGUGGUGCCUUGUGCUCACAUCCUUGGUGGUGGUUCUUCUAUCAAUUUCAUGAUGUACACUCGUGCUUCAGCCUCCGACUACGAUGACUUCCAAGCCAAAGGUUGGACCACCAAGGAACUGAUCCCUCUCAUGAAGAAACACGAAACCUACCAAAGAGCCUGCAACAACCGUGACAUCCACGGCUUCGAAGGCCCCAUCAAGGUCUCUUUCGGCAACUACACUUAUCCUGUCAUGCAGGACUUUUUGCGUGCCGUAGAGUCCCAAGGCAUCCCCGUUACAGACGAUCUCCAAGACUUGAAGACCGGACAUGGAGCCUGCCACUGGGAGAAGUGGAUCAACAGAGAUACUGGACGUCGUUCAGACUCUGCUCAUGCAUAUAUCCACAGUACCCGUGCUCAUCACUCUAACUUGCACUUGGUUUGCAACACCAAAGUCGAGAAAGUGAUUAUGGAAGGUGGUAGAGCUGUUGGCGUCAAGGUUGUUCCUACUAAACCGCUUACUCCUGGUCAAGACCAAGCCAAGAUCUACAAGGCUAGAAAGCAGAUCAUUGUUAGUGGAGGCACUCUGAGUUCUCCUCUUAUCCUUCAGCGCUCUGGCAUUGGUAUGUUCAAGCCUAACAUCAAUCUUAAACACUUGAAUAUUUACAUGACAUACNNAGGUGACCCUGAGAAGCUUCGUGCUGCAGGAGUCAAGCCACUGGUCGACCUUCCCGGUGUCGGUCUCAACUUCCAAGACCACUACCUUACUUUCUCAGUGUUUAGAGCCAAACCUCACAUCGAGUCAUUUGAUGACUUCGUCCGCGGUGACCCUACCGUGCAGAAGGCAGUGUACGACCAGUGGAACGUCAAUGGCACAGGUCCUCUCGCCACCAACGGUAUCGAAGCCGGUGUCAAAAUCCGACCCACCGAGGAUGAACUCACCCAGAUGGACAAAUGGCCAUGUCCAGAAUUCCGCUCAGGUUGGGACAGCUACUUCAAGAACGCCCCAGAUAAGCCAGUGAUGCACUACAGCGUCAUCGCCGGCUGGUUCGGAGACCACAUGAUGAUGCCUCCCGGAAAGUUUUUCACCAUGUUCCACUUCCUGGAGUACCCAUUCAGCAGAGGCUUCACGCACAUAACCUCUCCCAGCGCCUACGACGCCCCCGACUUUGACGCAGGCUUCAUGAACGACAAACGAGACAUGGCACCCAUGGUCUGGGGCUACAUCAAGUCCCGCGAAACCGCUAGACGCAUGGACGCCUACGCCGGUGAAGUAACUUCCAUGCAUCCAUUCUAUGCCUACGACAGUCCUGCCCGUGCUUUAGAUAUGGAUCUGGCUACUACAAAGGCAUAUGCGGGUGAAAAUCACAUUACUGCGGGAAUUCAACAUGGAAGUUGGAGUAUGCCCCUUGAAUCUGGCACUGCGCCUUCGCCGUCUUUCCUCAACAGCAACAAGCAAGAGAUCCGUGAGGACUUGACGUACACAAAUGAAGACAUCAAUCAUGUUAUCGAGUGGACAAAACGUCAUGUCGAGACCACCUGGCACAGUCUGGGAACUUGCUCCAUGGCUCCCAAAGAAGGAAAUUCGAUUGUCAAGCACGGAGUCCUUGAUGAACGCCUCAAUGUCCACGGUGUCAAGGGCUUGAAGGUUGCUGAUCUGUCGAUUUGUCCUGACAACGUUGGGUGUAACACUUACAGCACUGCACUCCUGAUAGGAGAGAAGUGUGCUAUGCUCGUCGCCGAAGAUCUGGGCUACUCAGGCUCGGCCUUGGACAUGAAGGUGCCCAACUACCACGCUCCCAGAGAGAUUGCUGGUUUGUCUCGUCUGUAG